UGUUCGUGUGUGUAUUUCUCAUUGGAAUUUAUGGUACACUUGUCGCAUUGUUGUUGUUGCUAUUCGCUUUGCGUUUUGGCUCUUUAACUCUGCUGCACUCGGCUGCUGCUGAAGGAGUGCGGUGUCCAGGGCUUGAUUGUGCUAAGGGGCAGGGGAUGGGGUGGUUAUAUAAUGCGCUAGUUGGCAAACUAUAUAUUUGCUUUCACUUGUAGCUGAGGUAUACACGAAAAUCGAACUUGUAUGAAUAUAGGAUGAAAAUCAUCUCAAUUCGAAUUAUUUUCUGUAGAAACUUUGACUAGGCUGCGAUAAAUUUGCAGAAAAAACAAGUUGGCAGUACAGUUAUCGAUAGCUACGAAGUAUAUCGAUUAACAGUAAAUAUAAUUUUUGUACUCACGAUUUUCUGGCUCUGGCUUAAGAUACCUUCAAAAUCUAUCAAAGUUAUCGAUGCCCACGAAGUUGGUCGAUAACUGGCAAUCGAUAGCUUUGCUAUUAAUGUUAUCGAUAUUCAUCAAACUUAUCGACUUGUCUAAAAUUGAUCGAAUUACAUUCCUCUUUUUACUUGUCUUUCGUCAUAUAAAUCGAAUAAUUCGUUUUUUGCAAUUCCAAAUGUGAUAUAUGUGCAUGCAAUUAUUUCAGGCUAUUCCCAAAUGAAUAUCACUUUAGUUUUAUUGUUCAGAUAGCUUAUCGAACAGCUGCGUCAAGCGAAAUAUGCUUUAACGAUGCCAUAAAAAAAAAACUGCUAUUAAAGAACUUAUUUGAUUUUUCCAUGCCAAGUUGAUAAAUAGAAAGUGUCGUGCAAAGAUCUGUGUAGAGUAUUCAAAGUGCGGUUUGGCUAUUAUAAAAUUCCUUGGCUUCGCUCGCUUUUCUAUUAAUAUGCAACGCCGCGUUGGCAAGUUUCUCUCUCUAACUGUGCGCUAAAUUGCGGCUAAAGCUCGUUAUAUUGCAUGUCUGCGAGUCGCUGGAGAUGUAGAAAUAGCUGUAGCUGUAACUGUAUCUGUGUGUGUGUGUGUGUGUGUGUGUCUGUAUCUGUGUGUAUUUGCAUGUGUGGCACUUCUGCCUGCUCUUGGCUAAGUUCUGUUUGAGUUUGCUCGGUUCGCAUGUGCCGUUUGACUUGCCACACACAAACAAACUUUUCAACUUAAUGUAGUCAAUGCCUUUAAACGGCCCGCCCACUUGUUGAAUUAAAUAUAAUUUAACCGAACACGCAAUCUGACGAAAUUACUUGGGCAGACACACAUUCCAGCUGACAAUCACAAUACAAAACUUGUAAAUGUCUGCUUUAAUAUUCAAGCGCCAUAAAUCUUCACAUAAACCGAUUUUUGUGCCUAUUGAAGACAACAUGAAUGUGGGAUCGACGAGCGAAUUAAUUGAUGUUACGCUUCAAUUGCAAACAAUUUUUGCCAAAAAAAACUUAAGCUUGAUUUAUAAAUAUCUAAGCAUAGAUUUGUUCUUGACUUGCAAUUUCCCUCUACAAGAUUUAUAAUUCCUUAGUCUCUUUCCAAAAUGGAUUAGUUUCAAUGCUAGAUAACUUAUUGAUCACGAUUUGUCCUCUAGUUUGAUUGUGAAUAGAAAAUUUAUGAAUUAUGUUAAGUUGAAAUCUAUAAAAUGAUGGAUAUAUAUGCUAAUCUCGAAGUUACAUGACAAAUAUGGGUACUCUAGCUCUUAUAAGCCUGCUCAGAAAAUAUGAUUUCGAUAUGAAUAUGUAGAGAUUGCUUGGAAACGGGGCAAACUAUCGAUUAUCGAGCCUUAUAAUCUGGAGUCCAUGGUGCUUAUUCCGUCCCGGUGUUUGAUUGCGGCCCUUCGGGUAGUUUUGUGUCGGUUGUGGCAGAUCCGAAGAGCUGCGAGAUAGGCCGCCUCCCAAUGCAAGGCAGUAGACUCAAAUAAACAGUCGUGUGUCUUCAGAAUUUAUGUUCCAAGACGCCAUUGAUUGACUCUUAAAUAAAUCGUAUGCUAGAAACUGUGAGAACCCAUCUAUCCUUUUUGCCCAUUUGCAAUGGGUUCAGGUUAUGAAAAGGGCGAUCAUUCGGCCUUGCAAAAGUGUUGACAGAAUUGUUUAUUUUUUCGAUUCGUACCAAAAUUUUAAAUUAUAGAAUGUUAGUUUUUUUUCUAUUGUAAUUUAAAAGUGAUUUACGUUGUUCUCCUGUGCUCUGACACGGCAAAAUAAUUGUAUUAUUCUCACUUGUCGUGUCACGCGAUAAUUACGAUAAUUUACGUGUUUAUCCUGAGGUUAAUUAUGGUUCCUUUUUAUUGUAUUGUGGGCUGUCGUGUGUCUGUGUUCUGUUCAUCUGAUAAACUCGACAGCCUUUUGAUAUCGUGUGACACUCGCUGCACGAAUUUACCUGCCGCUUCAUGGUUUUAGUUCUAUUUAGAUAUCGCACCUGGUCGCUUGUGGAGCGCGAUAGGCAUACUCUGGGGCUGGAGUGCCCGCAAAUGAAAAGAUGUCUCGCCUGGGCAGAGCUUUGCGUGUCACACUUGUCGAGUACUUCAAGAAGACGAGCCUCAAUGGCUUCGGUUUGUUGUACUUUAUCAGAAGACGUCGCUAUCAGCGCUUCUUCUGGUUUCUGUUUAUUGCCGUGGGCAUGCUCUCGGCCAGUUUUGUGGUCUUUUCAACGUUGCUGCAGUUUCUGGCUCGGUCCACGGUUACCUCUUUAUCCGACCAGAGCUCAGCUGCAGAGGAUAUGCCGUUUCCUGCGCUGACCCUUUGCAGCGCAAAUAAACUGAGUCGCCAGCGACUGCACGAGUUGGCCCAGCAGCUGGCCAGCUCCAGCGGCAAUGCCACGGACUACUGGCUCCAGCGGCUGCCUCUGCUCUCCGGCUACUUCUUUCCCAGCGCCGUGGAGGCUGCGAGUGCCGCUAGACUACAGGCUGCCUUGGUUGAUGCUCAGGAGGUGGUGUGGCAUGUGCGACAGCAGCUGUUGCAUUUGUCACCCAGCUGCGAAUCGCUGCUGCUUAGCUGCCACCUGGAUGCAGUUGCUCUCAAUUGCACCCAGCUAUUUCGUCUGAUGCCCACCUUUGAGGGCUGCUGUUGUGUCCUGCAGCAGCCGGGCAGAAUAACGGGCGCAACACUCACGCUUCGGCUGAAUGCCUCCCGUGCGGAUGACUUUCGUAUGCCGAGAACUCGACUCAAUGCGGGGUUUAGCCUGCAUCUGCCUGGCUGGUUGGGCCGACUUAGCCUUCAGCCUGGCGAGUCGUCAGCCCUGCAGCUGGGCGCGAUUCGUUUGCAAGCUGAUCCGCGGCUACGCGGUUUUCCUUUGGCCGAACGUGGCUGCCACUUUGCCGAGGAGGCCGAGCAUUUGGUUCAGUGUCUGCCGCUUUGUCGCCUACGCAGCGCCAUAGCUGCCUGCAACUGUGCGCCAUUUGCCUACGACUUAUCCUCGCCGGCGCUUGCAGAGCUCAAUGUGAGCUACUGUAAUUUGGCGCACACAGCUUGCCUGCAGAGUCUAGAGGCGAGCUGGUCACCAUGGAGCUGUGAGGAGUGCCUGCCUGCCUGCAAUGACUGGCGCUAUGAGCUGAGCAAGAGUUUGUCGGGCUACAUGUCGCCCCUGGAGAGUAAAGUGAGCAUACGCUAUGGUGGACAGCGUGUGCCGCUCUAUCGCCAGGAUGGGCUCUACAAUUGGUAUGAGCUGUUGUCCAACGUUGGCGGCGUGCUCAGCGUUUGCAUUGGCUGCUCGUUUAUUAGCGGCUUCGAGUUUGUCUACUUUAUGCUGUUUCGACUGUGGCACAACUGGCGGCAAUUAGGACUGUGAUGGAAAUGGAGACGGGUCCAUUUGUGAGCAGAUAUAUGCAUAUAAUAAAUAUCACGCAUACGCCAUGUGUGUCAGCAAAUGAAAUUAGUUUUGAUUUAUUUUGGCCUGGGCGAAACGCCUCAGUCGUCAACAGCUCGAGGCGCGCGCACACACACACACACACACACACAGCACGCACUCGCACUCGCACACAAGGAUGUCUCCGUGUACAUUUAUCUUUCAGCCAGCCACGCCCACUUGUCAACAAAUAAAAUCAACAACUGGGCGAAGGCUACUUGAAGCGUAAUAAAAAUAAAAGACCAAGUGCUAUUGAUGGCCUGUUGCAAAAAGAGAUAUGUCCAUAUGUAUACAGUUUCUAUAUAUACACGUAUAUAUAUGUAUAUGUAUAUAUAUAUAUUGCGUAAUGUUGAUCAGCUCGAAGGUUAAGUCGUCUAGUGCAAACACUUUAAAGCCGCUCUGAAGGUCAUCUCAUGACCAAUAUAUGUAUAUAUGUAUGGGAAUGUAUAUAUGUCAUUUGAAGCAUAUGAAUCGAUAGCUACUUCAGGUGGCUCAUGACCUAUGAAUAGUUGAUUUUUAUGAGCCGUGACUGCAGUUUUUAUUGCCCCGUCCCCGUUGGGGAUUAAAGUUGCAAUUAAAAAGGUCAUAACGCUUUCUAGGCUAAUAUCAAUAUUUCAUUGUGGU